CCCGGUUUUGGACACCAUGUAUCCGACCACGCUAACGCAGUUGUCCCGGGCUAAUCCCUUCAACGCCCCGCUCUUCUCCCUCCAAGAAAUCGAGGAACCCAAACAGAGCCUUCCCGCAAAUGGACUGAGCCGCAACCUCGCUGCCGCAGCAAUCGCUGGUAAAUCAAGGUUCUGCAUGCUAACAAGUGCAAGUAGCUAACUAGCAAGCGAACAAGUACGCAGCCAGCUGAAUCAAUGACAAUGAUGAGACGAGAUACCGAUUUUAUUCACCAUGUGUUAUUUAAUAGAUGUGACAGUUGUGUGUUUGUCAAACGUUUAACACUACCUAGCAAUCUAGCCACUGAAAUGUGUAAUGUCAAAGACAGGCUAGGCCUAGUCUAUGGAGGACAUCGAAGGGCAAAUGUAAACUUUGAAAUAUGCUGCAGGUGUUUGAACUGAAUUCAUGCCGUCCCCCAAUCGCUGUUUAAAACUAAGGCGAGAGGCCCCAGAUUUUAAAUGGGCAAAGGAGAAGUUAGGCGAAUGUCUAUUGCUUUCUAGCACACCAACCAGCUAAAGAUAUGCGUCUGACCCCUAGACUGGGGCAUUUCAUUGGUUCUCAUUUCAGAUAAGUUUGACAAGUUUUGUCAAGAUUUAGGAUCACUUGAAACGCUAUCCUUUUUGAAGCCUAAAGCAUGGCCUUUAACAACCCCUCAGUCAUAUUCUGACAUUUCUUUGUUGCUUUACAUUUUUCUAUGGAAUAUUUUUUGGUUUUACGGAUUAGCCAGCCUAGUUCUAAAGGUGACAUUAGCUAUUAUUUAACCACGAUAUUUGAGUAAGGCUUUUGGUUCGUUUUAGAGCUUGCUGGCCAGUGUCCUUUUUUUAUAGCCUAAACACUGUAUGCUGGUUGGUUGAUUAGUUAUACAGCUAGUCUUCUCUGCUGGUACAGCGCCUGUUGCACAACAGUCUGCCCUCACAAGGAGUAAAUGUUCUACACACACAAUUAAGCUCCACUUGCAUUUGCCCUUUAGCCUAGUAAAGAUGCAGUUUGCUCUUACUUACUGCCACUUUUCUAACAUCAACACCAAGUCCCCUUUUUGAAAGUAUUGCUUGACUCUUUCUUCAGAGGGAGACAGCUGUGAGUUCGGCUCACGGAAGUAUUUACUCCUGUGUGGGUUUGGUGGCAUCAUCAGCUGUGGCACCACACACGCAGCCCUAGUGCCCCUCGAUCUGGUCAAAUGCAGAAUGCAGGUCUGUCUAUCCCUGUGGCCUGGUGCCACUUAAAACCCAACACACUGUUUUUUUUAUAUUUAUGCAUUCAUUUGCAUGGGAGAAAGGAUGUAUCAAGCAGCCCUGUUUUGUGCUGUCGUGGUGGAGUGUUUGUCAUUGUUGUUCCUCCUGUUUUAUCCCACUUGAUCACCUGAUUUUAUUGUUUUAGAAUGACCCACAUCGCAUGUUAAGUGUGUGAUUCACAAUCACCAGUGUUAUUGUUUAAUGAACCUCCCUGCCUGCUACCAUUCCCCUUCUCAAUCCACAGCUAAAGGACUUGUAGGUCACUGGAAGGUCAGGAGUGACAAUGGGAAAAUGUGUUCAGAAUGUUCACCCUGCUAUUUAUAACAUGAUCAAAGUGCAGCUAUGCAUUGCUAGAAUGUAGCCAAUAGCUUUAUACUGUAAGUAGGUCCAAAGGCCCAAGUAAUUUACACCUCAAUGGAAUUAUUUCCAGCUUUAAAGUGAAUAAAGAAUAAACGAUUUAUGCAGGCUAUAUGUAUUAUUUCAACUAACUAUACAGCUGAUGCUUCAACACAAUUGUUUUAUUUAAGUAAAAGCUGUUAGACAUUUGAGUCAAGUUAGAAUUCUCAAUGUUUAUUUUUAUUUUUUUAACCAAUGAUUUUUAUCCCUAUGUUAUGAUUAUUUGAUCAAUGAGUGAAAUAAAUCAUGGGUAUAUAAUCACAAUCAGUUAGUCAAUUUAAAAUCACAAGCAGGGUUGGGGUCAGUUCCAUUUCAAUUCAGGAAGUACAUUGUAAACUGAUUCAAAUUGUAAACAAUUAUCAUUGAGAACCAUUGAGAUACAUUGGAAUGUCAGUUUACUUCCUGAAUUGAAAAGGAAUUGACCUAAACCCUGAUUCACAAGUGUUUGAAAUUUGAACUGACUCAUUCCCUGGUGUGUUCUAAUGUAAUGGUGGCAUGUUUGUUGGUGAUUAUUGUCCUGUGUUGCAUGUGUCGUGACUGCAUGUUGGGCACGUAUUGUUGUGUUUUUUUGCUGCAGACUCUGCAGAUGUGAGCUGUGAGUUUGGCUCAACAAAGUACUAUGCCCUGUGUGGCUUUGGGGGUAUCCUGAGCUGCGGCCUCACACACACAGCUGUUGUACCCCUCGACCUUGUCAAGUGCCGCAUCCAGGUUUGUGGUACCCCCUGUAGCUGUCUGCUGUGUGAAGGCCUCCAUAGCUCCUGUAAGAAAAGGUGCCCAAUCCUAAAUCUACUCCUAAGAAGUUAGUUUAAACGUUAUUGUCCCAGAGGGAUUGUUACACAAUUGUGGCCUUACAUUCCGUCAAGACCUUGCAGUCCAAAUGUACCCUUAAUUAUUAUACAAUUGAAUAGAUGAGGAAGAAAUUGGGCGGAAAACUCGAUUUGGGAUUGGGCAGACGUUUCCUGUAGAUUAGCAGCCAUCGGGUAAAUCACUAGCUAACAGUACUAAUGUUCACCUGGAUAACCCCCUAGUUCACAACCUGAAACCUAGCUAGUAUUUUUUUUAAAUAAACAUGGCCUAGAACCCUUAGAUAAAAUUACCUAGAUUUCAGCCCGUAGGGCUCUAGUCUAGGCUACCCCCAUUGUUCCUUUGACUCUACUAAUCGAUUGGUUUUUCUUCCUUAGGUGGACCCUGACAAGUACAAGAGCAUUGGCAAAGGCUUCUCCCUCACAUUGAAGGAGGAUGGAGCCCGAGGGCUGGCUAAGGGCUGGGCCCCUACCUUCAUCGGCUACUCCAUGCAGGGUCUCUGCAAGUUUGGCUUCUAUGAGAUGUUCAAGAUCUUCUACAGCGACAUGCUUGGAGAGGUCAGUCAGGGGUAGGAACCAAUGUGGGUAGAAACCAACAAGGUUGGAUUCCCUGGUUUACAGUGUGUUAAAGGGACACUUCGCCCACCAAAAAUUGUAAAUUGCAUGCUAAUUAGCAGGCGCUUUAAUCCGUGUGUGACUUUGAACCCAUGACAUUGGUGUUGCUAGCCCACACAGGACUACAACUGACCUUGCCCCCUCUCAUCUAACAGGAGAACACAUACCUGUGGAGGACAUCCCUGUACCUGGCUGCGUCUGCCAGUGCAGAGUUCUUCGCUGACAUUGCCCUGGCCCCCAUGGAGGCGUGCAAAGUGCGUAUCCAGACCUGCCCUGGCUACGCCAACAACCUCAGACAGUGUGCUCCCAAGAUGUUCGCAGAGGAGGGAGUAUGGGCGUGAGUAGAUAUUGUAUUUGUUUUGGUUUGUAUUUGUUUUGGAGGCUGUAUAACCUGUAAAAGUAUUCAACCCUUCUCAUCGACAGCUACCAGGUGUGUAUGCUUUUGUUCCUACACUAGGUGAACAAAUUUGCGUCAACUUGUAGCCUUGAUUAGAUUAAUUGGGUGUUUCUUGGCUGGUAUGGAACAUAAGCCUGCAAAAGUAAUUAUUGCUCCCCAUAGCUGAUUUGUGAGGUUACCAAACAAACACGCUCCUUAGAUCCUGAGUGCCUCUGGAGGGCACUCCUGUGCUGGGGCUGUUGUCUCUUGAGUGCUGCAGCUCCAGCUUGGAGGCCCUCAGCAGCUUUUUGGCUGUACAGUUGGAGGUGCUUGAGUCAUUGGCGUGUGAGAGCAGUCUACCUGCCUCCCAGCACCCCAGCUGCCCUGGCAACCCUCAGUCUACCAUAGUUUGUUCUCAUCUCCUUUACACUCUUGUGUGGGGAAAAAUGACUGGGGAAAGUCAGUGCCUUGUUAGUAACCACCGUAUUGCUUUCACCUAUGGUUUCUGAUCAGAGAGACGAGAACUCUGAUCUGUAUGGAACUGACACUCUUCCUUCUCUCUCCCCACCCCCUCCUUUCUCUCAGGUUCUACAAGGGUGUGGUUCCCCUGUGGAUGAGGCAGAUCCCCUAUACCAUGAUGAAGUUUGCCUGCUUUGAGAGGACCGUGGAGCUGCUCUACAAACACGUGGUGCCCAAACCCCGCGCUGAGUGCACCAAGGGCGAGCAGCUGAUCGUCACCUUCACGGCCGGCUACAUCGGUGAGUAGUAGUACCACAGGAAAUAGGAUGAAGGUGGCCCUAGGUUUAGGAGCUCACCUAGAGUCAGGAUUGUGUUGUCCUUGUAAUAACUAAGGUUAGGAUUGGGGGAAGCGUAAUAUGAUCCUAGAUCUGUGCCCAAUGGCAACUUCUACCCAGAGAAACCUGUGUCGUAUUCAUGUUUUGCAACGGUAGUUGUCCCUCCUUUUUCCAUUUGGUGACGAACAAAGAUCACCCAGGCUUCUGUUUGAUUGGAUAUAAUGGACCUAUAUAAGAGUGUGUGCUGAUGAUUUGUCUGUCCCCUGCAGCUGGUGUGUUCUGUGCUAUCGUGUCCCACCCAGCGGACUCAGUGGUGUCUGUACUGAACAAGGAGAGUGGCAGCACCGCCGCCCAAGUGCUCAAGAAGCUCGGACCUAAAGGUGAGUGGACAACCAUAGGGCUUGUCUUACUGGCUGUGCAGUUGGAGGUGCUUGAGUCGUUGGUGUGUGCGAGCAGUCUACCUGUCCCCCAGCACCACUGCUGCACUGGCAACCCUCAGUUCCACCAUUGCAGCCAGGCUGGGGGGUGGAUAACACUUGUUUUACUCCCUUUGGAUAGGGUCCUGUAACAGUCAGUCUACUGAGUAUGGUCUUUUAAAUCUUGCAUUAUAUGACUGCCCAACAUUGGGUGUUUGGCCCACUCAAAGAAACAUAAAAGCAGAUGUAAUUUAUUGAUACACUUCCAACACCUCAGCUAAACAUUCCUUCUCCCAUUCUCUCCCCCUUUUAAGGUGUGUGGAAGGGCCUGGUUGCCCGUAUCAUCAUGAUCGGUACCCUGACCGCCCUGCAGUGGUUCAUCUACGACUCCGUGAAGGUCUACUUCCGCCUGCCCCGUCCCCCUCCCCCUGAGAUGCCAGAGUCCCUCAAGAAGAAGCUGGGGCUCACUGAG